ACCUUUAAAUAUAUUUAAAUAGCCUUGGAAUUAAACUCAAUUUUAAAGGACGUCAAAAAUUAUUCAAAAACAUAUUUUGAGUUUUGAAUUCACCUGUAAAAUAUAUUUUCUGCAAGUAAUAUCAUCCAAAAUGGCUGCAUCCAUAUAUGCCACCCCACCGCCAGAUCUGAGCAGCGAGGACACUGCUCUCUCCGACGUCUCCAACUCAUCGACACUGAACACGAAUCGCAACAGCAACAACACACAUGAAGCCACAGGAGCAGCAUCCCGAGAAACAACAGAAGCAGCAGCACCACCGGGAGGGGGAGGAGAAGCCGGACCAGGAGGAGCUACAGGAGUGGGAGCAAUUUCACCCGUCGAGCACUUGGUCAAGCCAAUGGAGCUGGAACUGGAGCCACAGCCAGCGGGAAGCGGCACAACUGAGCCGGAGCCAGAGCCAGAGGAAGGGCACAAGGAUAGGGAGGAAGCGGAGGAAGAAGAGGAGGUGGGAGAUGCUCACAUGGCCACCAUGGCGGCAGCCAUGCAGCUGCAACUGCUAGAAGCUCUGAGUGAUGCGGCCAAGAAGCGACGCAAGCAACACAAUCCCAGUCGCCUGGAGGCACUUAAUCUCAGCGGCGAAGCCUCGGGUCAAAAGCGAGGUGACCCCACCGUGGACUACGAGGAGAAGCUGUCCAAGAUGUUCCUACCCAAGUCCAUUGAGCAGCUCAAAGAGACCUUCGAGCUGCUGCAACAGCACAAGCAGGAGGAAGAGCAACACGAACCCGGACCGGAACCGGAAGCCGAACCAGAACCUCAAGCCGAGCCAGAAGCGGAUGCCAGGGCAGACAUAUCAGAGCAAGCGAGCAAGGAGCGGGAGAAUCCCUACCACACCUUCUGCAAGCAGUGCGGUGAGAACUUUGAGACCGAGUUUAAGCUGAGCCUGCACAUGCUGCAGGACCAUGGCGAAGAUCGGGUAGGCGACCAGGAUCCCGCCGACUUCCUGGCCUCCAUCAAGGUGAAGCUCGAGCGAGCCGAAAGCCCUAAUCCACAGCAGGAACAUUCGAUGCAGCUGCAACAGCAGCAGCACGACUUGACCAAUGGUCAUGGCAAAGACUUGGACCGCGAGCAAGAGCAUUGGUUCCAGGCCAUGCAGCAGGCACAGGCCCAUCAUCCGCAUGCUGCCCAGAUGCCGCCGGCGUUUCCCUUUCCCCCCGAGGCUGCACUGGGAGUGGGUCCAGCUGGUUACCUGCCCCUGCUGGGAAUGUCCGGGUUUCCGGGAGUCGAUGGCCUGAACCGACCGCCGUUGCGGAUCUUCAAUCCCGAAGCCUACUGCGAGCUGUGCAAUAAGGAGUUCUGCAACAAGUACUUCCUCAAGACGCACAAGGCCAACAAACACGGCAUCUUUGAUCCCGUCGGCGAGCCCAACACCAACAACGCUUCCAGCCAUCACAACAACAAUAACAACAACACCACUAGCAGUAAUAAUAACAACAGUGGUCACCCCACCAAUCCCGGCAUGAGUUCCAUGAGCCAGAUGUUCCAGCUUCAGCGAGAGGCGAACCAGGUGCCCAAACAGGAUCAGGUUACGGCCAGCGGAGGAGCCUCCGCUCCUCCCGUCGCUACAGUGCACUGUGACAUCUGCUCCAAGCGCUUCACAAAUGUGUUCGCCAUGCGUCGCCACCGGGCCAAGCAGCACGACUCACUGCCCUCCGCUCAGGAUUCACCCAAUUCCCAGACCCAGACACCGACGCAGUCACAGUCGCAAUCCCUGCGCGGCAGUCCUAACGAGCCACCGCAGCAGACCAUAAAGCAGGAAAUGUUGCAGGAGGCGGAACAGCUUAAGCCAUACCAGUUGCCCGAGGGCUUCCGCGAGGACUUCACCUUGGAGCAGGAGGAGCUGAGCUUCGUGCCGCCGCCCCGGAAGCUGCCGUCGCACCUGCAACAGCAGGCCAAGGAGGCCAACUUCAGUCCGGACAAGCUGCGUCGCUUGGGCGUUCUGUUCCCGGAAUUUUAUUGCGAACUGUGCCACCGCGAGUACGCCAACAGGUACUUCCUGCGCACCCACAAGUGGAAGCGACAUGGCCUUUUCGUGCCACCAGAGGAUGUGACACAGCAGCAAGCCGGCAAAGAUGAGGGCCAGAUGAGCGCAUGGCCCUUCAUGCCGCUCAACCUGAUGUUAGCCAAGGCGGCGGCAGCCUCCAUGGAUCAGCAGGAGCUGGACCAGGAGGUAGCGGAGGCGGAUGCAGACACUGAGCAGCCCAGUAAGCGGAUAAAGCUGGAACAGCAGGAGUCGUCGCCACCGGAGGGCUACGACGAGGAGAAGCUAAACGGGUCGGUGGUGGGACUGCAGAAUCUCCAGAAGCUACAGUCCAUGUUGCAGCAGCUAAACGACAUCAACGGUAAGCGUCCCUUGCCCUGUCACCUUUGCGGCAGGGAGCUGGAGAACCAAUAUGCGUUGAGGGCUCACCUGAUGACCGAACACGCGGGUCAGAUGCAGCUGCCCAUGCCCAUUCCCAUUCCCCUGCCCGAUCAGCAGGCGACCCAUCCCAUGGCCGGCUUGUAUCAUCCCCAAACACCGCCGGGUCCCGGGGCUAGGACAUCGCCCAUCGGCGACCUUCGCUGUCAGCAGUGCGAUCGGGAUUUCGCCACGGCCCAGGAAUUUAAGCAACAUAUCGCUGAGGUGCACAUGGGUGGCCGGAAUGGUGGACUUGGUGGCAGUCCCCUGCGCGAGGGUUUCUUUACCCCGGAUAGGCCGGUGCCGCCGACAGCUGGGCCCGGAGGAGCUGUGCCAGCCGGUGCUCCACCGGGCAAUCGUCCAGCUUACACCAUUACUCCAACCAGUAGCUACUGCGAGAUCUGCAACAAGGAGCUGUGCAACAAGUACUUCAUGAAGACGCACAUGCAACGGAUGCACGGCAUCGAGAUCGAGAACGGAGCCCAGAUUGGCGGCGUGGUGUGCAACAUUUGCAACAAGGAGCUCUGCAGCAAGUACUUCCUGCGAGUGCACAAGCACAACACUCACGGGAUCAUUGAAGAAGGCUCUCCGCUGCCGCAGCCGAGGGGUCAGAACGGGGUCAAGAUGGAGGCAGCCGCCGCAGCAGCAGCUGCCGCAGCUUCGCAGUCUCAAUCACAGCCAGGGGCAGCUCAGCCGCAGGAUCAGGAGAUGAAUGUCUCGCCGCCUACAGUGGAGGGCAGUUCCAACUCCAGUUCAUCCGGCACAAGUCACGAGGUGUGUCCGCUGUGUUCGAGGCAGUUCCGUAGCUUCAAGUGGCUGCGUUCGCAUCUGAUGAACGAACAUGGAUCCGCGGGAGUUGAACGACUCCGGGAAAUGGAACCCACUCAGUCCUCGGGACGCAGCAAGCCCAACAGUCCCACGCUGAAGAUACCCAAUGGCAGUGGUAAUGGCAACCCUACUCAAGCGGGAUCGGGAGCUGGAAGUGCCGCUCCCAAUCUCGCCCAGGCCCUGCAGAACCUCAAUGCCCAGCACCUCUUCGGCCAGAUGCAGCAGCAGCAACAGCAGAUGCCCAAGAUGCCGCCUCUGCCGCUGCCGGGGAUGUUUGGUGAGCAGGCGGCCAGGUUCAAGGAGUACCAGUGCUCACUGUGUCCCUUCACCACGCCCUACUACGCCUUCCUCUUCAUCCACGAGCGUUCCCAUGCGCUGCUUAACAACGGAGGCGAAGGCAUGGAACUGCCCAUGGAGACACCGCCACAGCAGCCGGCAAGAAACCCGGGAAAGUCACGUAGCAAGUCAAGCAAGGCGGCAGCUGUAGUGGCACCUCCAGAGCCUGCGGAACUCACUGUGGAGCCCACCAACCUCAGCACCUCGGCUCCUAAGAUCUCGCCGUCAGCCGGGUCUCCGGCCAACUCCUCCCCCAAGGCAACCAGCUCAACAGUUUCUCCCAAGAUUCAACGCCGUCGAUCCUCCUCGAAGCCACCGACCACGCCCAACGGAUUGGCCAGUGGCAACAAUGGAAUCGGAGCCGGAAACGGAAGUGGUGGCCACCGCUCGGCAGCCACCUCGCCCUUCGAGGGCUGCGGGGACCUGGCCAACGGUAGCGGCAAGCCGGCAAGCUACGCACAGCCGGAUCGGGCAGAGGAAGCAUAUCAGAUGCAGGCCUUCCACCUGCAGCCCGCCGACGCCGACUCGGAGAUGCAGUUUGCGCCGGCCCUGGUCUACCUGCCGGUGCGGGUUCGGGCCUCGGAAUCGGCCACGCUCAGCUUCCGGCUAACACCGGCCUAAGGUGCAGCAUGCAACAGGUGAAUAGUGUUGCCAGCAGCAGUGUAAGUUACAACCCAUAGUCACCUUCCAGAAAACUUUUUGGGGCCUUGGUCAUUGCAUUUCCCAAUACCAAAGAUUCGAUUUUCAUAAAGUAUUUUACGAGUUCAAUUCAUUUUCAAAUAAAGAGUGACCAAAAGCCCCUAAGAGAAUCACAAAAUA